CGGGUAAAGAGAAUGUGAGUUUCGGAAAUUGAUGAAAAUAAAUCCAAGAAAAUCUAUAUAAUAUAAGUCAAUAAAGUUUAUGCGAUUUUAUCCUACUUUUAAGUAAUAAUUAAAGUUUUGAUCCAUCCAAGAUGGGUAAGAUUAUGAAACCUGGGAAGGUAGUGCUGGUCCUCAGUGGCCGGUACGCGGGCCGUAAAGCUAUCGUCGUGAAGAACUAUGACGAGGGCACAUCAGAGAAACCCUACGGUCAUGCCUUUGUUGCCGGUAUCGACAGGUACCCCAGGAAAGUGCACAAGAGGAUGGGAAAAAACAAAAUCCACAAACGCUCCAAAGUCAAGCCUUUCGUUAAGGUUGUAAACUACAAUCACCUGAUGCCCACAAGGUACUCGGUAGACUUCAGCUUUGAAAAGUUCAGUGCCAAGGACUUGAAGGACCCCGCAAAACGCAAGAAGCUGCGCUUCAACACCAGAGUGCGUUUUGAAGAGAGAUACAAGAGUGGAAAGAACAAGUGGUUCUUCCAGAAGCUUAGGUUCUAAGGUGUACUUUAAAUAAAAAUUUCAAAAAAAAA